AUGAAUAUCGGUUCUCUCGAGAUUGGAGAUUAUCUUGCGAUUGGAGCAAUCUUUUCUGCUACAGAUUCUGUUUGCACCUUGCAGGUGCUUAAUCAGGAUGAGACACCUUUACUAUACAGUCUAGUAUUUGGUGAAGGCGUUGUAAAUGAUGCCACAUCAGUGGUGCUUUUUAAUGCCGUUCAAAAUUUUGACCUAUCUCAUAUGAGCUCAAGCAUUGCUUUGCAGUUAGUUGGCAAUUUUUUAUAUUUGUUUAUCACAAGCACUGUGCUGGGAGUUGCUGUCGGACUGCUUAGCGCGUACAUUAUAAAAAAGCUAUAUUUUGGAAGGCAUUCCACUGAUCGUGAGGUUGCUAUUAUGAUACUCAUGGCUUACUUUUCGUAUUUGCUGGCAGAUCUAUUCUAUUUAAGUGCCAUCCUCACUGUGUUUUUUUGCGGGAUUGUGAUGUCCCACUACACCUGGCACAAUGUCACUGAAAGUUCGAGAAUCACUGCUAAGCAUGCUUUUGCGACAUUGUCAUUUGUUGCUGAGAUAUUUAUUUUUCUCUACGUUGGCAUGGAUGCUUUGGACAUUGAAAAGUGGAGUGUUGUUAGUGACAGCCCUGGAACAUCAGUUUGGGUGAGCUCAAUUCUGUUGGGACUGGUUUUGGUUGGAAGAGGAGCCUUUGUUUUCCCAUUGUCAUUUUUGUCCAACUUGACGAAGAAGUCUCCUCACGAGAAAAUUUAUCUGAAGCAGCAAGUUACAAUAUGGUGGGCUGGUCUAAUGCGAGGUUCUGUUUCUAUGGCUCUUGCUUAUAAUCAGUUUACAAAGUAUGGCCAUACCAAACUACGUGGGAAUUCGAUGAUGGUCACCAGUACCAUCACAGUUGUUCUCUUCAGCACAGUGGUGUUUGGAUUGAUGACUAAACCUCUGGUGAGGCUCUUGCUGCCCACGCCAAAACACUUGAGCAUCAUGGUUUCCUCCGAACCAGUUACUCCUAAAUCCUUCACCGUGCCACUUCUUACCCAUGGGCAGGAUUCAGAAGCCGACCUCAGCAGUCACAGCGUGCCCCGUCCAACCAGCUUGCGGAUGCUUCUGUCAAAACCAACUCACACCGUUCACCAUUAA